AAUAAAAUGAAAGGAAGAACAGGAGGUUUAACAGCUAAAAUGAGUAAUGUAAAAUUAAUAAGUAUUAUUUUGAUUAGUAAAACCAAAAUAGAAGAUAAUAAGAGAAUGAUUAAUUAGUAAGGAAAGCUGAUUAAAAUAAAAUAUCACUAGCAGAAAUUUUUAUGGCAAAUUCUUAAUAAUUAGGAGGAUUGGAAGAUGGAAAAGUAUAUAAUGAGAUAAUUUUGAUAGGUAACAAAAAUGUAUUUUCAUAAAUUUUUGUUUAUGGAGUAAGUUUGUUUUGCAUUUAAUUUAAUGGGAUUAGGAAUAAGUGUAAUAUAAUACGAUUUAGAAUUUGAUGAAGUGUCAGAUGAUGAUAAUAUGAAAGAUGUAAUAUUAGAAUAUAUAUAUAUUAGAUUUCAUUAUGGUUAUUGUGGUUAGUAUUUGUUUCAUCAUGUAUUUUGGUUUUUUUAACAGUUUAUCGUUAUUAAGCUCAUAUUGAAUGGAUGAAAUCUAGAAAAUCGAUAGCUCCAGGAGAUUAAAUUUGGCAUACCGAUGAUUGGUUACCAAUGUUAAUAGAAUUAGCUGUAUAUUGUAUAAUACCUUUACCUUUUACAAAAGGAAUUAGAGUUAACUUUUAUAAUUCAAUUUAAGGGAUGGAAGCUUAUUAUCAUGUAAAUGAGAUUUUAGCAUUGAUAAUGGUUUGCAGAGUUAUUUAUUUAUAUAGAACUCUAUUGACUUUAACGUUCUGGUAUAAUAAUAGAACUUAAAGAGUUUGUAAUUUAUAUGCUUGUGAAUCAAAUUAUAUGUUUGUGGCAAAAUCUUUAUUAAGGACAAUGCCAUAUACUGCCUUAUUUAUAGCCUUAAUAUCUUUAAUUUGUAUAUUUGGAUAUGCUGUAAGGAUUUGUGAAAAACCACUCUCAAGAAAUGAUUCUACAAGUAAUAAUUUAGGAUUAUAUGAAAAUGCUUUAUGGAAUAUUAUUAUUACUGUUACUACAGUUGGUUAUGGUGACUUUUAUACUAGAACAGAUUUAGGCAGAUUUGUAAUCUUUAUAGUUUGUGUACUUGGAAUCUUUGUAGUUUCAGUUAUGGUUGUUACUUUGAUUGAAUCUCUUAAAGUUACAUCACUUGAAGGACAUGCAAUCACUGUUUUAGAGAGAGUUGCCUUAAGAGAAAAACUUAAACAUGAAGCUGCUUUAGUUAUUAUUCUCACUGCCAAAGCUGCUCUUGGAUAUAAGUAAUAUCAAUUCAAAUAUUAUUUUAGAAAUGGUACACUUACUAGAAAAUAACAUCAUUAAUUAAUAGUUAGAUUAAAAUAAACUCUUAUUAAUUUCAAAAUGACUCAUAGAUAACACAAAACUAAAUAAGAUGAAAAUAGUUUGAAUGAAGAAAUCACUAAUUAAUUCAGUCUCUUAAAAAAUGAUUUUAAAUAAUUAAUGGAAAGAUAAUCAGUCUUGAUUUCAACCAAUAAUUUGAUCUAUCAGAAACUAGGAUUUGAAAAUAACAAAUCAAUUGUCAAUAUAUGA